UAGUAGAAGUAUCCGAUAACAACAAACAAAUGGGCAAUAUUUAGGAAUGCGUUGUACAAAUAAAAGUUCAGAAAACAUAACUGACAAAAAUUUCCGGAAUCUAUGUGCCAUUUGGUUGUUUGUAAACUAUCUCGACCCGAUUGGCCGUCUAAAAAUCAAAAUAGCUAGCUUUUGAUGUUUCGCUUCUACAAGUUGUACUCGUUGUACAUGAACAACAUGGCCAGUGGGUUAACAUGGCCGCGGGAGUGGUGCCUGUGCGAGAAGCUGCCGCGGGCGGUGCUCCACAUCCCGGUGAACCGUCAUCUGCUCUGCCAGGUGUGCGGAUUGGCCAGGCGCCCCGAGGCUGGACACACUUCCUCCAGCGAUGACGACGCUGACCAGGGCACCAAACGGCAGAUGAGUAUCCUGGAGCAACGCCACGUGGAGGAGCCGAAAAAGGGGCAAGUGACUCGGGUAAAGGUGGCCAUUAGGGGAAAGAAGCCGAAAGCCAAGAGAAGUUGCCGGACGAACUGCCUCAAGUGUGGUGGCUUAGCCAGGGCAGAAGCUGGCCAGGAAUGCACUGAAGCACCCAAAGAGGUAAAGAGCAAGUUGUACCCUGGGCGCCAUGGCUUGUACUCGAAACCGAAGGGGAUGCCCCGUCGACAGCUGGUGCCCAAAGCACCGCCACCUUCGACGCCUUCAACAUCUCCAACACUAUCGCCAUCGCCUUCAUCACCUCCAUCGCCCACGGCACCACCACGAUCUCCUCGUUUAGCAGCGGAGUCACCACGCUCAGAGAUGCCCAGCCUGGUGGCCAUGGCCCACACCGUUUUCAAUCCGAAAAACCACCUACUACACAACUACAGCAAUAUAUUUGUCAGCAACUUCAUUCCGUUGCACAGUCCCAUUACGGAUACCUUCGGAGGAGCUAUCUCCAAGCGGAGCAGGAACAGCACUCGUCCACCACGCAGCCACAGGAGUCGCCCAUUGCCACCUCUAUCCAAAGUAUUAACCAACAUCUUGAGCAGCCAGGACUCGACGGAUGGCAGAGAGCUGGGUGGUGGACUAGGUAGCGCCAAUUCCAAGGACUCACAGACCACCGAUUCCGAGCUGGCCAGCCAGUUCUGCCCAUUCGAGCAGUACGAAGGUCCAUCCGAGGACGCUCUUGUCGGGAAUAGUGCUCGAUAUCUACUCCAUCGACCGAAAUCGCUGCACAUCGAGCCACGACAGGACUUGCCCAACAAUCGCAUUGAAUCCUUGCACUUUAAGGCCAAGGACAUCCCGAAUCCGAUGGCUGACAAUCUACCAGGGAUCCUAUUCAUGACGCAUUCAGUUCGUAAAAAUCUCUUGACGGCAAUUAAUAAAAUUGGAAACGAAUGCCUUAGUUCAGGCAACACGAGCCCACUAAACCACUUGUCCUCCAAACCGGAAGUUAUGCAGCAGGCCACUCCAGAAAAUAAACCGGAAGAGAAAUCCUCCAUUAUGGCCUCCAUCAUGGACCAAGUUUCCUGCUCGGAGGCAUACGAUAGCCCACAUGGAAACUGCGAAGAUGACCAGAUCCCUGAAUUGGAGGAUAUUAGUAAGUCGUUCAGUGACAUGUUCUUCGAGGACGCUGAAACUGUGUCUUUGAAAAGUGAUGUAUCCAAUGAGCAAACUGUAUUUUCUUCAAAUAAAAUAAACCACUACGAAGAUUAUUCCAAACCCGUUUCAAACACACUAAGCUCUUCAAACUGGGAACGAUUUAAUGAUAGAAAAGAUGAUUGUGCCAAAGCCAAACCGACAUUAUAUAAGUGUGCCCGCUGCGGACAGCAAAAACCGCGUAAGGAUAUGGUUGCUAAAAUUAAAACAGAGGUUAGUAGAAUUCCCAGAAAAUUCGAUGUAUCCAUUAAAACAGAUACUAAAGAAACCAGGCUGAAUAAAAAACUAGGAAUCGCAAUAAAACAAAGGCUCAAUAGCGUAAGAUCACUUUCUGAAGUACAAGAAUUUAUAAAAGUGGAACACGAAAAGAAGAAGUCCCCAGGGAUAGCAGACCAAGGAGAAAUACCAGAGAUUUUUAGGGAAAAUCUACGUAUUCCAAAGCCAGGAGCUACUGAAGAUAUUAAAAAAGUGAGCAUUUUACGAGGACAAUCUAUAAAUACAAACAUUCAAAGAAGAGGACAACGAAUUUGUCAUAAGGAUUCUGAGGCAUCACAAACUCCUUUUAAAAUACAUAGAACUUUCAAAUAUUUAAAUUUAAACGCAAAAGAAGAUAAAAUCGCCCAUAUAGCAAAUCAUAAGUCAUUGGGCUUUAAUAAUCCAGCCAUAAUUAAUGAUCAACCAAGGAAUACUCUUUCCAAGAUACACCACGAAUGUCAUCGAAAACGUUCCAGAAUCGCACUUAAAGAUAAGAAUAUACUCAGAUCUCAAAUACCGGAUAAUAACUUUCACUUAUGUAGACAUAAGGAGCCAUCGACCAACUGGGAAGUGAUACAAAUCUUCGAGACCGUGUCCCAUCAGUGCCAAGAGAUCCCCAGGAUACAGGUUGCUACCUUUGCAAGGGAGUUGCUGGAUAUCGGUCAUAUCACGCACGGAUAUAUCAAGGAAAAAAAUCUUCCGGACUAUGCUCCGUCUCUCUUUGAGUUUCGUAUGCCUGACAUUAGUCCCAACGAACUGCAAUCUUAUCGAAAUCCUGGAGAGAGUUCGGAAAAUAAUAGCGGAAGUGGUACUCCUAUACCCCACAAAGCCAGUCCAAAGAAGCUACCUUUAGCGGAGCAGCCUAAAAUCCACCAUUGCUUAAGUGACAACCAUAUGAGCCAGUCGAAAUAUUGUAAGCCGCAAACCAAGAACUUGAAAUGGCAUACAUCAGAUAUAGAAUUAGAAAGUUUAAGAAAAUUGGAGAACCCAUUAAAAGAAUCCAAUCCAUCGACUGAUAUUACGGCAGCUAAUGAUACAUUUUCGAGAUCAAAAGAAAAUAAAGAAAAUUCGAAAGUGCCAUUGUACCAGGGGAAAAAAUACAAUUCCUCAAAAUUAAGCAAUGAGAUAAGAAAACAAAUAGACAAAUCCCUGCAACUGAAGAUCAAAAAAAUAAUGAGUAAACCGAUAAAGUUGCUAAGAUCAACUGAUUCAGAUUCAGUUGAAAAAUUUGUGGAGCCAUUUACAAAUAAAUUAAGUUUUUCCGAAGAAUAUAAUCUAAGCUCUUUAAGAAGUCCUCUACAUCAAAGCGAAGCUGUUUCGAAUAAGAAUAAGAACACAGCUUCUUCAAGUUCCUCCAAUGAAAUAAGUUCAAGUCAAAAGCCAUUAAGUCUGUUAGCCAACCUGUACUCCCCAAAUCACUCUGAUUUACAGGGCCUAACUAUGGAGUCUAAGAUGGAAACUGAUUGUGAUACAGCAUCGGAACUUGAAAUGUCAUGUAAAACGAGUGAUUAUGAAGGAUUGCCCCCUCUGAACUGGCAAGUAAUCUCAAUCGACUCAGCUAAUUCAAAUAAUACUGCGAACGAUGCUUCGGAAUCAACCUUGGAAGAAGAGUAUUACUGUCCCAUUUACAUGUGCGGAUGCCUCAUAAAGUCGAACACAUUUGCUUCCCAUUUUAAGAGAGAUCAUGGAGGUAGAUCAUAUUGCCAUCAAGUAGUGGAAGGUCUACCAAAGCAGUUCUCCUUCGAUGUCGAUCUCCUCACCAAAGGCAACACUUUCGUGGCCCUUUUCUUGUACAACAGUUUAACGAAGGAAAGAUCACUUCCUAUGCGGAAUCAUCCCCUGGCCUUACUAGCUGCUCCACAAGAGGGUAAAGAUGAUCCAUUAACCGGCGUUCUCUUCUGGCUGAUCGGCUGUAACUCCUGCGCAAAACUUCUUGCCAAGCUCACAGUCUACGAUCCAUUAGAUGGAAUUGCUCGGAGUAGGAUUAUAAGGCCACGUGACUUAUCUCAGAACCAAGACCCACGAGGAUUCCCCUCCAGUUCCAAAGAUCAUUUGCUCAUAACAGUUCCACAUAAGCAAAGGACGUUUCAAAUAAGCGUGGUCAUAGAUGAAAAGCAAACGUAAUUAUACGACUUUGUUCCUU